AUGGUUCGCAUUUCCGUUCUCAACGACGCUCUUAACAGCAUUGUCAACGCCGAGCGCAAGGGUAAGCGCCAGGUGCUUGUCCGCCCUUCGUCCAAGGUCGUCAUCAAGUUCCUCUCGGUUAUGCAGAAGCACGGCUACAUCGGCGAGUUCGAGGAGGUCGACGACCACCGUUCGGGCAAGGUUGUCAUCCAGCUCAACGGCCGUAUCAACAAGUGCGGUGUGAUCUCGCCCCGCUUCAACGUUCAGCUCGGCCAGAUCGAGAACUGGGUUCAGCAGCUCCUGCCCGCCCGUUCGUUCGGUUACGUCGUGCUCACCACCUCGGCCGGUAUCAUGGACCACGAGGAGGCCCGUCGCAAGCACGUUGCCGGCAAGAUCCUCGGCUUCUUCUACUAA